AUGACCGAGCCUCUCCGAUGGGCCAGAUACCACUGGCGGCGGCUCGUCGGUGGUACCACCCGGGAUGAGGACGACAGGCGCUGCAACUACUCCUCGCUGCUUGCCUGCGGGGGCAAGCCCGCUCACACCCCCAGACUGCCAGGAAAGCACCGCAUCGUUGUUCCCCACCUCUGGCCCUUCAAGGACGAGUAUGAAAAGUUCUCGGGAACGUAUGUGAAUAACCGAAUACGAACAACAAAGUACACGCUUUUGAAUUUCGUGCCAAGAAAUUUAUUCGAACAAUUUCACAGAGCCGCCAAUUUAUAUUUCCUCUUCCUAGUUGUCCUGAACUGGGUGCCUUUGGUAGAAGCCUUCCAAAAGGAAAUUACCAUGCUGCCCCUGGUGGUCGUCCUUGCAAUUAUCGCAGUUAAAGACGGCUUGGAAGAUUAUCGCAAAUACAAAAUUGACAAGCAGAUUAACAAUUUAGUAACUAAAGUGUAUAGCAGGAAAGAGAAAAAAUACAUUGACCGAUGCUGGAAGGACGUCAUGGUGGGGGACUUUAUCCGCCUCUCCUGUAACGAGGUCAUCCCUGCGGAUAUGGUGUUACUCUUCUCCACCGACCCGGAUGGGAUCUGUCACAUUGAGACUUCUGGUCUGGACGGAGAGAGCAAUUUAAAACAGAGGCAGGUGGUUCGAGGACAUGCAGAGCAGGUGAAUAAUGUGUUCUCAGUUGGUCAUGAAACCAAAGCAAUGCUGAACAACAGUGGGCCACGGUAUAAGCGCAGCAAAUUAGAAAGAAGAGCAAAUACAGACGUCCUCUGGUGUGUUCUGCUUCUGGUCAUAAUGUGUUUAACGGGUGCCUUGGGUCAUGGAAUCUGGUUGAGCAGAUAUGAAAACAUACUCUUUUUUAAUAUCCCCGAGCCUGAUGGACAUAUUGUAUCGCCAGUGUUGGCAGGAUUCUACAUGUUUUGGACCAUGAUCAUUUUAUUACAGGUCCUGAUUCCCAUUUCUCUCUAUGUUUCCAUUGAAAUUGUGAAGCUUGGGCAAAUAUAUUUCAUUCAAAGUGAUGUGGAUUUCUACAAUGAGAAAAUGGACUCUACUGUUCAGUGCCGGUCCCUGAACAUCGCGGAGGAUCUUGGACAGAUUCAGUACCUCUUUUCUGACAAGACAGGAACCCUCACCGAGAAUAAGAUGGUUUUUCGAAGAUGUAGCGUGGCAGGAUUUGAUUAUUGCCAUGAAGAAAAUGCCAGGCGGUUGGAGUCCUAUCAGGAAGCCGCGUCCGAAGAAGAAGAUUGCACAGGCACGCUAGGCGGCGCCCUCGGCGACGUGGCGAGCCCGGGAGCCCCCGGCUGCAGGACGCAAAAUCCACCACUGGAGACUUUGUACAUCAUUGACUUCUUUAUUGCAUUGGCAAUUUGCAACACAGUAGUGGUUUCUGCUCCUAACCAACCACGGCAAAAGAUCAGACGCCCUUCACUGAGUGGAAUGCCCAUUAGAUCUUUGGAAGAGAUUAAAAACCUCUUCCAGAGAUUGUCUGUCCGAAGAUCAAGUUCACCAUCGCUGGCCAGUGGGAAAGAGCCACCUUCUGGAGUUCCCAGCGCCUUCGUGAGCAGACUUUCUCUCUUUAGCCGAGGGAAGCUGACCUCCCCCGUGGAGGAAGAGGGCUCCCAGGGCGCCAGCAGCUCAGCCUGCUGCACGGAAACCGAGAGAAGCAGCAGCGAUGCAGGCCUGGCGAAUGGCGGGGUGGAAGCCCCUGCCGGACAGCCCCCGGCCUCCAGCCUGUGCUACGAGGCCGAGAGCCCCGACGAGGCCGCCUUGGUGUACGCCGCCAGGGCCUACCGCUGCACUCUGCAGGCCCGGACGCCAGAGCAGGUCAUGGUGGACUUUGCCGCUUUGGGACCAUUAACAUUUCAACUCCUACACAUCCUGCCCUUCGACUCAGUAAGAAAAAGAAUGUCCGUGGUGGUCCGGCACCCCCUUUCCAACCAAGUUGUGGUCUACACGAAGGGUGCCGACUCCGUGAUCAUGGAGCUGCUCUCCGCAGCUUCCCCAGAUGAAGGAAGUCUGGAAAAACAACAGCUGUUAAUAAGGGAGAAAACCCAGAAACACUUGGACGACUACGCCAAACGGGGCCUGCGCACUUUAUGUGUAGCGAAGAAGCGCUCGGGCCGGCCCGCCGGGGGCGCUCGCGCUGCGGGCAGCGGAGAAGCGGCGGGCGACGGGCCCGGUUCCAGACAGGCGGCCUUCAGCAGCCCCAUGGCAAAACUCAGCUGGCUUUUUGGUUUCUUACAAACCCCAUUGCACCUCCGUUACUUUUUAGGUGCUACUGGCAUUGAAGACCGCCUGCAGGAAGGAGUCCCCGAAUCUAUAGAAGCCCUCCACAAAGCCGGUAUCAAGAUCUGGAUGCUGACCGGGGACAAGCAGGAGACAGCUAUCAACAUAGCUUACGCGUGCAAACUGCUAGAGCCCGAGGACAAGCUCUUUAUUCUCAACACCCAGAGUAAAGAUGCCUGCGAGAUGCUGAUGAGCACGAUUUUGAAAGAACUUCAGAAGAAAGGUCAAGCCUGUCCAGAGCAAGCGUCACUAAGUGUGGAUUUACUUCAGCCUCCCAUCUCCCAGGACUCAGAGCUACGGGCUGGACUCGUUAUCACUGGGAAGACCCUGGAGUUUGCCCUGCAAGAGAGUCUGCAAAGGCAGUUCCUGGAACUGACGUCUUGGUGUCAGGCUGUGGUCUGCUGCCGAGCCACGCCACUGCAGAAGAGCGAGGUGGUGAAGUUGGUGCGCGGCCAUCUCCGGGUGAUGACCCUGGCCAUCGGGGAUGGUGCCAACGACGUUAGCAUGAUACAAGUGGCGGACAUCGGCAUAGGGGUGUCAGGUCAGGAAGGCAUGCAGGCUGUGAUGGCCAGUGACUUUGCCGUUUCUCAGUUCAGACAUCUCGGCAAGCUCCUUCUUGUCCACGGGCACUGGUGUUACACACGACUUUCCAACAUGAUUCUCUACUUUUUCUACAAGAAUGUGGCCUAUGUGAACCUCCUUUUCUGGUACCAGUUCUUUUGUGGGUUUUCAGGAACAUCCAUGACUGACUAUUGGGUUUUGAUCUUCUUCAACCUCCUCUUCACCUCCGCCCCUCCUGUCAUUUAUGGUGUGUUGGAGAAAGAUGUAUCUGCAGAGACCCUCAUGCAACUGCCUGAGCUUUACCAGAGCGGUCAGAAAUCAGAGGCAUACCUACCCCUCACCUUCUGGAUCACCUUGUUGGAUGCCUUUUAUCAGAGCCUGGUCUGCUUCUUUGUGCCUUACUUUACCUACCAGGGCUCAGACAUUGACAUCUUUACAUUUGGAAACCCCCUGAACACAGCUGCGCUCUUCAUCAUUCUCCUCCAUCUGGUCAUUGAAAGCAAGAGUUUGACUUGGAUCCACAUGCUGGUCAUCGUCAGCAGUAUCUUGGCUUAUUUUUUCUUUGCCUUGGCUUUUGGAGCCAUGUGCGUAACUUGCAACCCACCCUCCAACCCCUACUGGAUUAUGCAGGAGCACAUGCUGGAUCCAGUGUUCUACUUAGUUUGUGCCCUCACCACCUGCAUUGCUCUUCUGCCCAGGUUUGUAUACAGAGUUCUGCAGGGAUCCCUGUUUCCAUCUCCAAUUCUGAGAGCUAAGCACUUUGACAGACUCACUCCGGAGGAGAGGACCGAAGCCCUCAAGAAGUGGAAGGGGGCUGGAAAGAUGGAUCGAGUGACAUCAAAACUUGCUGAACAAGCAGCUGACAAGUCAGGAAGAACACCCAUGUCUGGACUUCCUGCUGUCUUUGCAAUGAAGGCAGCAACUUCUUGUGCUGUUGAGCGAGGAAACGUGUCUGUAUGUGAAACUGCUCUAGACCUGGCAUAAACUGAAGCCUCGCAGGUGGCUGGACCCGCAAAAGAUUAAGAAAGCAGAUGCCCUCCUUGAAGUAUUCUUUCGAGUGCGGAAGAGGGAUUUUGAAGAGGCACCUCUACCAAACAAGAAUGACUCAUGUUUUUCCAUAAGGGACGUGAGCAUUUUCCCAGGCUUGGGAAAGCUGACAGCAUGACCGUUAUUGUAUAUUUGUAAAUACAUUCGUAACAGAGAGGUGAGUUUGACCUGGACAGAGUUUAGGGAAGUGAAAUAUUUAAUUCAGAAUCAAAUGCUUUUAUGAAACUUUUUGGAU